AUGGAGCCAACCACCGUAAUUGGCGCAGUGUCGGCUCUUGUCGAGCUCUUCGCCGACGGAGCAGAGCAUUACGCACAAUGGAAGCGGAAGCGUGCCCUCAACAACAACUAUUUCCGGAACCCAGAUUCUGGCGUUCGGAGACAUGUCAUCACCUGUGCUCUGAGCAUAUCCUUAGACGCAUCUGCCAACCAAAUCAAGGAGACAUAUGACAUUGGAUUCACUCUACUCGGCGCCGAGUUCUCUCUGGGUGAUGCAACGUGUCGGGAUAUGCUCUGCAACCAGCUGUUCAACCUCGGCAGCCGCGUUUCACACUUGCGUCGGGUAUCCGCUGACUCGUCGUCAACCGGUCUUCUGAAUCUCCCGGACAUCAUACAGGCAUCCGAGUCGGCGAGGCUCGCUUCCGUUCGCGCACUGGCAGAACUAUACUUUCGCGUUGCAGGCGGCCGCCCUGAUAUCCCCAAAUCUCUCCCAGUCCCCAGACCUCGUCCGCACCAAGAUGGGUCGAUAUCGCGAUAUCCAGCCAGCCCAGAAGAAGAGAAUAAUGGGGGCGGCGACAACAACGAAGGCGAUGACGAAACGACAACGGCCAUGACUAUCACCACGGAUCAGGCACCGUUCCAUUCAGAACCGCCUUCGCCUCCUCCGACUCCGCCAGCACCAAAACCUAUUAGCAACGACGACGUAUCCCUGUUCACGCCCUCAGAGGCCGGUGCCAGCAGCACCGGCACCGUUCACCUCCGUCCAAAGGUCAGCGUCUUCAGCAUGUUCUGCCCCGAGGCCAUGACGUUCCAGGUCGAUCUCUCCAAGAGAAUCCCGGAGACGCCCAAGAGGUGCAAGUGCGGCUAUCGGUGGAUGCCGCUGCUACCCAAUAACAAGGACUUCAUUGUCCUGAAAGAAGGAUUUCGAAUGUCCAGUCGCUUUUUGGCCAAGUCGCAUUCUGAUAGAAACGAGUUUGCCUGCUGCCUCUGCGUGCCUUCAGGAAAGACGAACAAGUACGAAUCGGCCGAUGCCUUGCGGGCACACAUCAACAUCUCCCAUACCAAAUGGCAGAUCCUCCACGACCGGGACAUAUCCUAG